AUGAUUGAGGGAAUGGUGAAGGAUGGUGUUAUUGAACCUUCAUCUAGUCCAUGGUGUUCAACUGUAGUGCUAGGAAAGAAGAAGGACGGCAGCAUGCGGUUUUGUUUUGACUAUCGCCGUCUGAACGACGUUACGAAGAAGGGCAGCUAUCCCUUGCCAAGAAUUGAUGACACGCUGGACAUGCUUACAGGCGUAAAGUGGUUUAGUACUCUGGACCUGAAAAGUGGCUACUGGCAGGUUGAAAUUGACCCUAAGGACAAGGAGAAAACUGCAUUCUCCACAGGAAAGGGUCUGUGGCAAUUUAAAGUCAUGCCGUUUGGUUUGUGCAAUGCUCCAGCAACGUUUGAAAGGUUAAUGGAGCUUGUACUUCCCGGGCUAAUUGGAGAUGCCUGUCUGGUCUACUUGGAUGACAUCAUCAUCGUAGGCCGUAGGUUUGAGGUACACCUUCAAAACCUGGAACGCGUGCUCAUGAAGAUCCAGAGUACCAACCUCAAGUUGAGUCCGAAGAAGUGCUCACUAUUCAAACGGCAAGUUAGCUUUUUGGGGUAUGUAGUGUCGGAAGAAGGUAUCCGCACGGACCCAGAUAAAAUUGCCGCUGUCAAGGAUUGGCCGGUUCCAAAAGACAAGACACAGGAGCUCAAGAACCGUCUGUGCAAAACACCUAUUGUGGGGUACCCUGAUGCGGGCAAGGAAUUUAUAGUUGACACAGACGCAAGUGAUAUAGGACUUGGCAGUGUGUUGUCUCAACGGAAUCGUGAUCAAGAGAUUGUGAUAGCAUACUUCAGCAAGUCGUUGUCAAAGCCGGAAAGGAACUAUUGUGUCACAAGACGGGAAUUGCUUGCUGUGGUAAAGUCCUUGGAGCAUUUUAGCAAAUAUCUUCUGGGGCGGAAAUUCCACUUACGAACUGACCAUGCUGCACUGAAAUGGCUAUUGCAGUUCAAAAAUCCGGAAGGACAAGUUGCGAGAUUGAUUGAACUACUGCAGGAAUACGACUUUGUGAUCGAACAUCGCAGCGGGAAAUCUCAUGGCAAUGCAGAUGCAUUGUCAAGAAGCACAGCACAUGCACAGCAGGAAGAUUCGGACAUUAAGCCGAUUCUGGAAUGGUUGAAGGCCAGUGCUCUUAAGCCCAAGUGGAGCGACGUCUUAGCGAUGAGUUCGACCACGAUAAGCUAUUGGGUCCAAUGGGACAGCUUGCUGAUUCAGGAUGGAGUCCUGUGCCGUAAAUGGGAAAAUGGCCGGGGAGACAGACGUCAUUUGCAAAUGGUUGUCUCUAAGGUUCCCUAG